GUACUGGUGAUAAUGACCUUUAUAUAAACCAAGCUGUGGUAUUUAUUGAAGAUGCAAUACAGUAUCGAUCUAUAAAUCACCGUGUGGACUCCAAAUCCCUGUGGCUUUAUCGAUGGUACUAUUCAAGAACUUGCCAGUGGAUUUUGAGUUUAACCAUCACUAUAAUUCUGGCUUUGGCUUUCAUUGAAAACCCUUCUUCGCUUACUAUCACGUCGGAUGUACGAUACCGCCUUCCUGCGUGGAAUCCUCCAUGUGGCCUAACAGAAAGCAUUGAGCUCCUUUGCUUUCUUGUAUUCGCAGUUGAUGUAUCUGUGAAGAGUUACUUAAUUGGAUGGGCAGAAUUUUGGAAAAAUAAAUGGCUAAUGGCAUAUAUACUGACAUUAAUUAUUUCCCUUGCUGAUUGGAUUGUUUCGCUGAGUUUUUUCUGCACAGAGAAUGUGAGAAUAAGAAGAAUUCUUCGUCCUUUCUUUCUGCUUCAGAAUUCUUCUAUGAUGAAGAAAACAUUAAAAAGUAUCAACAGCACGUUGCCUGAAAUGGCAAGUGUUGUUCUUCUACUAGCUGUUCAUCUGUCUCUAUUUACCAUGUUUGCCAUGCUGCUGUUUGCUCGAACAAAGGAUGGCCAGCAGGAUAAGGAGUGGGUGGGGUAUUUCCGGAAUUUGCCAGAUUCGCUGACAUCCCUGCUGGUCCUGCUGACUACUGCAAAUAAUCCUGAUGUGAUGAUUCCUGCAUAUUCUAAGAAUCGAGCAUAUUCAAUCUUCUUCAUACUUUUCACUGUAUUAGGCAACUUGUUUCUAAUGAACUUGCUUACAGCAAUAAUAUACAACCAGUUUCGAGGUUACCUUCUGAAAUCAGUUCAGUCCUCCCUCUUCAGGAGGCGACUGGGAAUCCGGGCUGCGUUUGAAGUGCUUUCUUCCCUCAGAGAGACUCCUGCUAAUGCACAACAGUUGCAUGUCAGCAUUGGGGCCGUACUACAAGUGCUGCAGAAGGUUGAAAUGGAUUCUCGCUGCAAGCAAGCCAUCAUGAGAUCACUCAAAACAUGCUCCUGUGACCAGCUGUCAGCUGCCCAGUUUCAGAAGCUCUUUGAAGAACUAGACAAAGAUGCCAUUAAGCAACAUCCUCCCAGUCCAGAGUACCAAUCACAAUUUAUGCAGAAAAUGCAGUUUGCCUUUGGCCAUCCCUACUUUGGCUAUUUGGGGAAUGUUGUAGCUCUUGCAAACAUUGUUUCUAUCUGUGUGGUUUUGGUGAUGGAUGCAGAUAAGCAGCCAUCUGAAAGAGACGACUUCUUCCUAGGGGCUAUCAACUGCUUCUUCAUCCUAUACUAUCUGCUGGAAAUGUUGCUGAAAAUCCUAGCAAUGGGCUUGAAAAGAUACUUGUCUUACCCAAGCAAUAGAUUUGAUGGACUUCUGACUAUAAUUUUGUUGGUUUUGGAGGUUGCAACUUUUGCUGUAUAUGGAUUUCCUCAUCCUGGUUGGAGACCUGAGUUCAUGGGCUUACUAUCCCUGUGGGAUAUGGUGCGAUUGGUGAACAUGUUAAUUGUGUUCAGGUUCUUGCGGAUUAUUCCUAAUAUGAAGUUCAUGGCUUUGGUUGUUACUACGUUGCUGGAUUUGGUAAAAAACUUGAGAGCCUUUGCAGGAAUUCUUGUGGUGGUUUUCUAUGCAUUUGCAAUAACUGGCAUAAUGCUAUUUAAAGGUGCUGUGGUUCCCUUUGGAAAUAUCAGUGCUAUCAAUACAACGUAUGAUAAUGGGACUCUGCAGUGUGGGACCUACGAACAGCUGGAAUAUUGGCCAAACAACUUCGAUGACUUUGCUGCAGCAGUGGUGACCCUCUGGGAUGUGAUGGUGGUGAACAACUGGCAGGUCUUUCUGGAAGCGUUUUCAAGAUACUUAAGUCCGUGGGCAAAGAUCUAUUUUGUAGCCUGGUGGUUGAUCUCUUCUGUCAUCUGGGUUAAUCUCUUCGUAGCUUUGCUUCUAGAGAACUUUAUUCACAAGUGGGACCGUCGCUGUCAUCGAGAGCCUCUUUCAGAUAUUGAAUACCAGAGAACAGUUGAUCUAAUGUUCAGAGAUGUUUUGGAAGAACCUACAGAGGAAGAGUUGAUGGAAAAACUGCACCAGCAUCCACACCUGCAGUUGUGUAGGUGA